AUGGUUGUGAAAAGGUUCAUGAGUAGCAUCAACAUUGCUAAGACCUGCGCCCAGCUGUCUGCUGCAGAAGAGAAUGGUAAAAUUGUUAGAAAGAAGAACUUUACGGAUAAAGAGGUGGCUCUGCUGCUCGACCUAGCAGAACCACACAUCAAGCUCUUAACAUCAAAGUUGACAAACACUGUCACCAACAAACUAAAGAAGAGUGUUUGGUAUGAUAUUUCAAGAAAAAUUAAUGCCCAGGGGGUGGAACAGAGAACUUGGAGGGAAAUCAAGUGCAAAUGGCAAGGGCUGACAAGUGGAGCCAAGAAUAAGAUAGCUAAGGAAAAGAGGAAGAUCGGAGGUGGAUCAGGCCCACGUCCGUUAGACCCCGUGUCACCGAAGAUAGUGAGCCUUUUUGGUGACAGCCCAAGCUGGGCUGGAAUCUCUUGUGGUGUGGAAUCUGCAGUGCCAUCAACAUCAGCAGCACUGCCAACAGCACCAAAUGCCAGGUCAAAUGGGUCUUCUAAGACAGCCCCAGAGAUGCUGGCUCAACUAGCCACCGGUUUUCCCCCACCUACACAGUUAGAAGAUAGUCAACAUUCCUAUGAGUACAACGAGGAGCAGAGGGAGCUCAUGAGACUUGUUGAAGAGGCCAGUGGAAGAUGGGAAUCGGAGCAAGAGCCGUCACAACCGGUAUCCACAGACUCGGAAUUCAACGCAACAAAAGAAAUGGCCAUCGCCACAGAGCAGAGGGGCGAAAAAGGGAAGAGCAAGGGGAAAGGGAAGGGGAAGAAGACAAGCAGUGCGUCUACUCAACUUCCUGCCACUGAUGGACAAUUGUCGACUAUAGAUUGUGUAAAAACACGCCGAUGCAUCUGCCCUGUCCAGCACGCUUUACUCUUAAAGGAACUGUCGAAUGCCGCCCUGAAUGAAAAGAAGAUGAAACUGGAAAUUUUGAAGUUGGAGAAAGAUUUAAACUGUUAG